GUCUGUCUGUCUGUCUGUCUGUCUACCUAUCUGCCUACCUAAUCUCUUCAGCCCCCCCCCCUCCCUCCCUCUCUUUACCUGCCUACCUUUACCUUACGUAGCUAUUCCAUAUCCUGGCAUGGACGGGCGGGUUCUCGACCACGCUGCCGCGCCAGCGCCUAUCCACCUUGGAAAGCCCAGAUACCACCCCAACGAUCUCCAUCGCCGGCAUCGUCCAUCAGCUAAUGCUUCCCUUAAAUUAGUUCACUUGUGCCCAUGCGUGUGGCACCGAUCUCCAGAUGAGGCUGGUCUUAGUGACCCAACUAUAUCAUAAGCCCCCGACUGCUUCCUUCCCACUACUAAGCUGGCCGUCCUCUCCAGCUUUCUUAUGCAAAGGUUGUUAUCACUGCUCUCCCCCCACGUGCUCUGUAUUUCUCUAUCUUUGCUCGUCCCUGCUCCCGGAAAAUAGCAGAAUGUCGUCCCGUCCAACCUCCUAGCUUGCGUCUUCUUCCUGUUUCUUCGAGAUGAUGCUCACCAUGAACCAGCCCAUUCCUUACGGCUACAGGCCAGUCCAUGACUUACCGACACCACCUCGAUCCUCGCCCCCCUUGACCAACCUGGACAUUUCGCAAAAGGCUCUUCAGCAACAGCAUCAAAGCCCUCCUACCAAGGUCAUGUCAGGACCUCACCGUGCUCUGCCACCGCCGGCGGCCAUGACAUUACCUCAACCACCGCCAACCCAUGGUCCUCCUCCACCACAUGGCCCCCCUCAACCGCAUGGUCCUCCCCAAGCGCAUGGCCUUCCUCAUCCACCAACUCCUAGUUCAGUAAUGCAGGCUCAAGGACCUCCAGCUCCGUCUCAGCAUAUUCACAGUUUCGGCCCGUUGCCUCCGCCACCCCAAUGGCAAGGUUCUGAGGAAUCGAUGAGGAAUUGGCUCUUGGCGAAGAGUGAAGAAGAAAAAAGGAUGCAGGAAGAGGAAAAGACACGUCAGGAGAGUUUGCGUCUGGAGCAGAGAAAAAUCGAGCACGAAAUGCUUUGCACAUCGAUUGAACGUGGUGUGCCACCUCCGAUGGUGCCCAUAAUCUUCGCAGGUAUGAGUGGCGGCAUGCCUCAGGCUACGGUAGAAUAUUUGCAGCAAUUUUUAUCCCCGGCGCAGCAAUUACAUCAUGCUCAGAUCUUAGCACCUCAAGGGCCGAUAUCCCCGGAGCAUAGAAGGGAUUCCCAGCAGUACGGCUACGCAGGGUCUGCUGGCGUUCCACCGACCCCUGGCUCUGCGGUUGGGCCGCAAGCCGGUUUCCUUUAUCAAGCUCCGGGCUCACCAGGAAGAUCCAGGGCGCAUACGAUCGGUGGUCUCGGUAGCGCAGGAGGUGCUCGCCCGUUAGGGGCCUUGGGGAGCUCAGCACUACCACGGUUGAGUACGGGCGACCCAAUUGGUGGUCCCUCUCAUAUAUCGCAACAGCCUGGCGCUGCACCACAGCAAGAACCACCAGCCCAACCGCUCUCUUUCCAUCACUGGCAACCACCAGCAUCUAGCGCGGGGUCUAGCCAGCAGACUGCGUCCGAUUCCCCUAAGAAAAGAAAGGCAACUGGACCGCAGCAUGCCGCUCCCCCGCCGAACCAGCGCCGAUCUAGAUCUCCGACUUUCGCACAACAAACCAACACAUCUGUAUUAUCGAAUCCGCCGCCGGGCCGUAGAAGAGGCCAUUCACGUCAGAGAAGUGAUAUUUCGGCAUAUUUAUCAACGGCUCGCAAUCGUGGUGAGCCCUAUGGUCCACAUGGAGGCUUCUCUCCUGGUGUUGGAACUCCAGUAGUAGGUACGACUAGAGAAACUACCUUCGCCGAGUCAUAUCAACAGCCACGGAGUAGUCACUCAGUCUCGUCCAUGUUAUCAGAUCAACCUUCUCGAUAUUCAUCAGAUGUGCGGCCCUCAGGGCAACCCUCCGAGGGUGAACAGCGCCCACGGGCAACCUCCGAGGAAAGAGGGCGUGGAGCUCAACCGCCUCCACCGCCGCCGCCGCCACCAUCUUCGGCGCCUCGCGAGCGCACAACUGAUUAAACAUGGGUAUUUCCAGUGCGAUUAACAGCAGCAAGAUAAUUAUCCUAUGGAAUAGGAGGAAACUACUUUGACUCAGUUGUCGUGCAUAGUGCAUAAUCAUUUUGGGAAGACUCUGGCAGCAAUGGAAAUUGUCCAUUCUGAUAUGGCAGUGCUGGGCGCUCGACUAUCAGUGGAAGUCUAUGUACUAUCAAAAAUUUCGCUUCUUCUCGGCGACUAGGACGCUGUAUUACAUUUUGCAUAGGAGCAUGUAUCCGAUUACCUUCAAAAGCAUUACGGGUUGAAGCACAAGGGGAAAUCAGGGGGACACGGCGUUUGGGUUCAACUUAGGUUCAACGGUAGCAUUGGUGCCGGUCUAGCAUUGCAUGUACUCUAGCAUAGAUAUCUCAAAAUAGGGAGGGCUUGGAGUAUAUAUACCGAAAUCCGGGGACGGUCAAAGACGCGCGAACCAUUCCACCACGAAUGAGAGAAACCAGUUGUAUUCUACACAGAUAGACAGGACUCUAACAUUGGUCGACGAUUUCGCACAGCUACAACUACCACCAUGGAUAAUUACAGCAUUCU